CCCACCUCCCAUUUUGACACGUACGUAAACUGACCAAUCCCCAUUCGAAAAACACCCGGCACCCUCACGGUAAAGUAGAAGAGAUAGCUGAACGGAACCACGGUAGGCGAGCUUGCGAGCCGGAGGUGGUGUAGAGAGGCUGAACAACGGAAGGCCUCUAUUCCCUUUCCGUCCCCUGACUGUCGCAGACCCUAACCCUAGCCCGCUGCCUCCUCCCAGUUCAAUGUUGUGUUGGGCAGCAGCGGGGUUUGAUUCAAGAUUCUUCAUGAUUGUUACUGAAUCCCGACCUACUCUCCCCUCAACUAGCAAAUCGCCAUCUGCAAAAUCGCCAUCUGCAGAGCGGCAAAGUGCCAGACGAGAUGAACAGCGCCAGACGAGAUGAACAGCGCCAGACGAGAUGAACAGCGCCAGACGAGAUGAACAGCGCCAUGGAAAAACCUUUUGUACCUGUUUGCAUCCAAGGCUUCUGCCAAGGUUGCCAGCUUCUUGGAAACCUUGGGGCGAACGAGGUGCUCCGACUCGGAGAUGUCCAAGACGUCCUCAGCCGUGAUCCAUGCCAUGUCUGUCGUCUCGUCUACACGGUCAUGCAGAACUACCGACUUAACCGCGCACACCAAUCUGGAGGAGACGAUUCGCAUGAAUUGCUCACCAUGGCGGUUCACGGUGAGCUGUCGACCGCGCGGCGGCACGGCCAUGGCUGUAUCUGCGGCCGCAUCUUUCGUCUAGGCGCCGGCCCCGCCAAGUCACCGAGAUCGGUUGCUACCAUUCGAACUUCAUCGCAAGCCCCCGAUGAUGAUGGAAAAUCGAGCGACGAUGCCGCAGUAAGUGUAUCGACCCUUACGUCAUGGCUGCAACAUUGCGAGGCCGAGCAUGACCACUGCAAAGCCCAGCUGUCUGCGGUGGCAACCUUAUUACCCCGCCUUCUCGUUAUCGACGUGAAGGAAAUGCGCUUGGCCGAAGUUUCGACGCCUCGCUACUUUGCUCUCAGCUAUGUUUGGGGGCCCGCCAAGGUGUUCAUGACGAUGCGGUCGGAAUUUCCCUCGCUCUGCGAGCCAGGGGCGCUUGCGCAACUGGGAAACAAGCUUCCUCUCCUGCUGCAGGAUGCUAUCUUGCUCGUUCAGAGACUCGGAGAGCGGUACCUUUGGGUCGAUUCUCUCUGCAUCAUCCAAGACGCCACGGAAUCGAAGCAGGAUCUGAUCGGGAAGAUGGACCUCAUAUACGCCAACGCCGUCUGUACCAUAAUUUCCCACGGUAGCGUCGACGCGUCUUCGCCGAUCCCCGGAGUUCGAGCUGGUACACGGCGGCCCAUCCAGGUGGCGACCUCCGAACUGGGUCCUGGCGACGGCGUUCGACUCAUUGCCUCUCCAUCCCACUACCCUGCCUGUCCUUUGGUGUACGACACCCGCGGCUGGACAUACCAGGAACAACUUGUCUCGCGACGGCGUCUGAUCAUGGGUGCCGACCAAGCCUUCUUCAGCUGUUGCUCGCAACGCGGCGGAGAGCUGAGCGAGGACCCUCUUACCUGUACUGGGACCGCAGCCGAGCCGUCCAGCAUCCGCCUGUUGAACCAGGAGGGAGAAUGCAUUUCCAUGCUGUGGAAUCUCGACCCGGAUGCCGUGGGCGCCACCGACCUCCAGAGAUCGCGCAACGCCAUUCUCAAGCUCGGCAGUGCAGAUGCCCAGCUUGGCACUCAGCAAGAAGUCAACGAGCUGAUCUACACUUUCACCUCCACUGUGACGCACUACUCCAGCAGGCGGCUCUCGUUUGCGUCCGACAUCUUGAACGCCUUUGCUGGCGUCAUGGCGUCGAUUGAGCGCUCGUAUGGUCUUGCGCCGCGGUCGUCCAUCUACGGACUGCUCGGGAAGUACGUACACUACAACCUCCACUGGACCGCAAAGACGCCUCUUCGGCGUCUUGGCUGGCCAUCCUGGUCGUGGGUUGGAUGGGAGUCCCAAGUCCAUUGGCUCGGCCGCGACAACAUCCAAGCACUGCAAUUAAAGAUCCGCGCCAUCCAUUUUUUGUGGCAGGGAGCAUUACGGACAAUACCGCCCCUCGGCAGUGCCCUCUCAGCUGUCUCGACUGACGACGAGGAACCCGCUCCAGACGUCUUCCCACGCGAAUCCCAGCCGGCUUUACUCGAUCUGAGCCACAGAGCCCCUCUUCUCGCUUUCUGGGCGACAGUGUCGAGACCGGGAUCGCUGCACGUCUGCCCCCAUCCCAUCCGCCAGACCAAGAUCCGGAUCUACGCGUCCCCCAACUACGUGGGCGUCUGUGGACACUUGUACGAGGAAUUUGACUGGGCGCUGCCGCAGAGGCCGACGGCCGAGGUCUUUGCUAGGUUUCGGCUGGUCUAUCUCUCGUAUAGCUCCCGCCGCUGUGUAUUUCAUGUCUAUGAUGAUAGUAAGAGUUGCCGGAGCUGUAACGUCAUGGUUAUUGAAACGAGGGAAGGCGAGGAGUUGAAAGAGUCGGGGUGUCUUUAUGCGGAGCGGGUGGCGUUUGGCGAGGUUUGUGGCAGUUAUUGGGACGUCACCGAGACGGGAAGAGAGUUUGUUGUCCUUGCGUGAGGCUAUGCUCUUUGAGCGGCGACGACGAGGCUCGUUGACACCGAUAGGGGCUCUGUUCAAGUUGUUGAUUUAAAUGGCCGCUCUUGGUCUGUUUCGGCAUUAUAUCCCAUACGUAGGUAAUUUAUCAGGUUGUGGUGGGGUGCAGGGCUCUAGAAUCGCCGCCUAGUCAGAUGGACGGCGCAAUUAUUUCCUAGUUGUGUUGGGAGAACUGGGGGUUGUACUGGAGUCUGAAGCCUGCGGUGGCGAGGCUGACGCACUCCAAUUCCAACUUGUUCCAUCUUACAGUUCUGCCCGAAGGCCAGAACCUCUUCCUUUCUGACAAAAUACUGUAAGCGAUCCGUCUAGGGCGGGGCUAACAACGAACCGAUAGCA